AUGUAAUAUGGAAAAACUGGAGAAUCAAGAACUUGUGGAUCAACAAUUUUAAAUAUCUAUAUGACUAAUUUAGAUUUCGAAUUCCUGCAUUCUUAAUCAUCAAUCAAUUUGAUGAUGACAUCAACAUUAACUGAAACUCCAGAUAAUAAAUCUUGGGGAAUUAGAAAUUUUUAAUUAUUUUAUGGUGUUGCAAAAGAUUGCAGUAACUCUAUUAUUGAUUUCAUAACUGUUCCUUCAUUUAUAGCAACUAGUUUUUUUAAAUCUUCAUCAUUUUCACAUGAUUAGACUUAAAAAAUAAAUAUUGAAAUAUCUGAACUUGGUAUAUCUUUGGAGCCAGACUUUGAUCAAACUGUGACAGUAGAUAAAGAUUUAAAAAAAAUGACAAUCUCAGUUACAUGGCCUUGCUUUACAAGUGAUCUUAAUUUUUCUUUAAUAAUUUAAAAAACUAGUUAUCCAGAUUAUAAAACUAUUACAUCAAAAUGUAGACAUAAAAAUUCUAAUAUUGUAAAAUUGGUUUUGAUUAUAGAAUGCAUUAUACCAUUAGAAUCUUAAAUUAAAUUAUAUGCUAUCUUAAUUUUAUAUUUUUAUUUUAUAAUUUUGUGA